UUCACCCUUUACAAAAACACUCCAUCAAUAAUAACUCUAACAAUGGCUUCUUAUUAUCUCACCAUUUGUGUGCUGUUUCUUCUUCCUCUACAUUUCUCACUCAUCCAUGGCAACACAGAAGAAGGUUUCACCAUUAACCUAAUUCGAAAAACCUCUCUCCAACCCUCAUUCCCUCAAGGUUUCUCAGCCAUGUCAACGAUUCCACAAUCCCCAGUGAGUGCUUACCUCGGCGAAUAUCUCAUGGAACUCUCCAUCGGAACUCCACCGUUCAAAAUCUACGCCAUUGCAGACACGGGCAGCGACCUCAUGUGGACCCAGUGUGUCCCAUGCAACGACUGCUACAAACAAAUCAACCCCAUGUUCGAUCCCACAAAAUCCUCCUCGUACACAAACGUACCAUGCAGCUCAAACCUGUGCCAUCUUCUCGACACGGGUGUGUGUUCUCCCCAGAAGGAAUGCAACUACACCUACGCCUACGGAGACGGGUCCAUGACGCAAGGAGUGUUGGCGCAAGAAACAGUGACAUUCACCUCAACCACAGGGGCAAGCGUCCCCCUUAAAGGCAUCGUCUUUGGCUGCGGACACAACGACUCAAAAAACGGUUUCAACGACCACGAGAUGGGUCUCAUAGGCCUAGGAGGAGGACCGGCAUCAUUGAUUUCUCAGAUGGGUUCAUCGUUUGGUGGCAAAAUGUUUUCGCAGUGUUUGGUCCCUUUCCACACCGACGAGAGAGUUUCCAGCAAAAUGAGUUUUGGCAGAGGGAGCAAGGUAUCUGGGAGUGGAGUGGUUUCGACACCGUUGGUUACAAAGGAAGACAAAACACCGUAUUUUGUGACGCUACUAGGUAUCAGUGUCGGAAACAAGUAUUUGCCCUAUAGUGGUGGUUCUUCACAGAACGUUGCGAAGGGUAACGUGUUUCUUGAUUCAGGAACACCUCCAACGAUCUUGCCGACAGAGUUUUACGAUCGAGUGGUGGCGGAAGUGAAGAACCAGGUUCCGAUGAAACCUGUGGUGGAUGAUCCUUCUUUGGGAACCCAACUUUGCUAUCGAACGAAGAACAAUCUUGGUGGUCCUGUUUUAACUGCACAUUUUGAAGGUGCAGAUGUGAAACUGGAACCGAUUCAGACCUUUAUUCCACCAAAAGAUGGUGUUUUCUGCUUGGGGUUCACCAACACCAGCAGCGAUGUGGGGAUUUAUGGGAACUUUGUUCAGUCAAAUUAUUUGAUUGGGUUCGAUCUUGAAGCAAAAAUGGUCUCUUUCAAGGCAAGAGAUUGUACCAAAAACACAUAGAAUCUCAAACAGAAGUUUCAGUUUGCUUCUUUGUAUACAAAUUACAGUGAAGAAAAUAAAUUUUUGUGUUCGUUUUCUGUAGAAAGCGAAAUUGUAAAACUGGAUUGCUGUUUCCUAAGUCAACGACAGAGUCAACCCUUGUUUGGUCAGCGAUAUCAAUGAAACUCUUUAGGAGUUAUUAUUUAGUA